AUGGGGUGCGGCGCCGGAGAAGCCGUGUUCAUCCCGCGCAUGCCCGUCAUCCUGAGCAAGUUCCUGUUCCGCUUCAAGCACCUACAGUUAUCCUUGAGCGUCUGCUUUUCCAUGACCAUUAACAAGUCGCAGGGGCAGACAUUGCGCGCCGCCGGCAUGGACUUGCGCACGGGUUGCUUCUCGCACGGGCAGCUCUACGUGGCGUGUUUGCGCGUUACCAGCUGCACGGAGAUAUUCGUGCUAAUACCCGCCAGGGAGACUUACAAUGUGGUGUACAAAGAAAUAUUGUAA